GAUUUAUCAUGAGCACACUGGCGACAGAGACGCAGGAAUCUUUUGUAAGGCCAGUGCAUCUGAUGUGAAUAUGUUUUGUACGUUGUAGAGUCGGACGCAAUAGAAAUGAAAUGAUGGAGACGUGUGCACUCGUGCAUGUGAUAAUUGCAUGAUUGCAUGGAAGCGUGCGACCUCACAUUGCGGAACAAACAGACGUCUGGACCAGAAGCUUUCAGCUCACAGGCUGGUUGAAGUUAAUUUUAGUUCUUUUAAGCAAAGAGUUUGAGUCUUUGACGGAAAGGAAUAUAAUCAUUGUUGAGUUAGUAAUAUAGCAUGUGCUGUCAGAAUGUCACAAUAACAGUAAUGUUGGCUGGGUCUCGAUGAGGAGUGAAGCUUAAUAUGAUCGAUGCCUUUUUAGAAAUUUCUUUACACAUGCUGCAAUGCGGAUGCUUCAUAAUUUGCUAAUGUAGUAAUGAUGGUUGCCACAAAGGACCUGUCAGGAGUGCCAAAAUGAGGUCUGAUAGGCUGUGCAAGAUGGAAUACAAGAAACAAUUUCACAGGCCACUUUCGGUGUCCUGAGCCGUAUAAACCUCUGUGUCAACUGCAUUUCCAGGACAACGGAGAGCGACCAUGAACAGGUUACGCAGGAAAGCGUGCGUGGCUCUUCUAUUGUUCACCCUGUUUAUUUUUGGCACCAUGAUGGGCCUACGAACCCUCAAGCCCACUGACGGAUUCUCGGAUCUUGCUCCAGGAAUGGAGUUGAUGCCUUUAGUGGGAGAGAGAAUGGACCAGAGACCCAAACCUGGAAUCGAAUCAGCAGGUCAAAUUGGUGUUGGGCAGGACACCAAGAUAGUCUUCUCCAACUCUGGUCCUGACCACAGCAUAUUCUAUGACAUUCACAUCUUCUAUUAUUUAUGGUAUGGCUCACCACAGAUGGACGGGAGUUAUGUGCACUGGGAUCACAUACUGGUACCACAUUGGGACCCCAAAAUAUCUGCCAGUCACCCUAAAGGACGACACAAUCCGCCAGAGGACAUUGCGUCCAGUUAUUUCCCUGAACUUGGACCCUAUAGCUCCAAGGAUCCAGAUGUUAUUGAGUCUCACAUGGCACAAAUCGAAGCCGCAGCUGCAGGUGUGGUGGUUCUGUCCUGGUACCCACCUGGUGUGGCAGAUGAACAUGGCAAACCCUCUGAAGAUCUAGUGCCAGUUGUUAUGGAUGCUGCCCAUAGACACAGUAUCAAGGUUGCGUUCCACCUUCAGCCCUACAAAGGCCGAACAGACCUCACCGUGCAUGACAACAUCAAAUACAUCAUUGACAAAUAUGGCAAACAUGGUGCUUUCUACAGAUUCAAGUCCAGCACUGGGAAGGUUCUUCCACUCUUCUAUGUGUACGACUCAUACCUGACCCCUCCUGAGGCCUGGGCUGAGCUACUUACUGCUCGAGGGUCUCACAGUCUCCGUGGAACAUUGUAUGAUGGCAUCUUCAUCGCUCUCAUAGUGGAAGAGCUUCAUAAGCACGACAUCCUGUCCGGUGGGUUUGACGGCAUGUACACCUACUUUGCUUCCAACGGUUUCUCCUUUGGAUCUUCUCACCAGAACUGGAAAGCAAUCAAGGUUUUCUGUGACAAGAACAACUUGCUGUUUGUGCCAAGCGCUGGACCUGGUUAUAUGGACACUGCCAUUCGGCCGUGGAAUAACCACAACACACGCAACAGAGUGAAUGGGCGAUAUUACGAGACCUCUUUGCAAGCGGCAAUGUCUGUAAGGCCUGAUGUCAUCACAAUAACAUCAUUUAAUGAGUGGCACGAGGGAACUCAGAUUGAAAGGGCCAUACCUAAGAAGACUGUGGCUCGUCUGUAUUUGGACUAUAAACCUCAUCAGCCAGACUAUUACCUGGAGCUCACCAGGAAGUGGGCGGAGCAUUUUAGUAAAGAAAAAGAGCAGUGGCUUAUGUGAUUGUACCUCAUAACAGCUCAGCAUUGUUGAGUUUUGCUUUAGAUUUAUUAUCUUUCAAUUUAUGCAUAAUCUUUAAGGCAGCAAAACAGCAAGGACUAGCAACAUUAUCUCUCUCUUGGUUAUUUGCUAUUGAUUUUGAUUUGAUUAACUGUAAAUUUCCAUGCUGACAGAUGUCCCGGUGGAAAUAUUUAAAGGGGUAAUUCUGCCAAAAAUGAUAAUUUUGUCAUCCUCCUCAUGUCACUCUAAACCUGUAUUACUUUAUUUAUUUAUUUUGUGUAACAUAAAAGCAAAGGUUUUCAGGUCACUAUGCUAUUUUCUUUACAAUGAAAGUGAAUGGGGACUGAGGCUAUAGAGCUCCAAAAAGCCAUUAUUCAAAGAAAAUCCUCCCUCUGCGACAGCUCACUUCCACAAAUUCAAACCUUGGUAAAGAGAAAUGUAAGAACCAAUGAUAUUUUAUAACUUUGGCACAACAUGAUUGGUAACGAGACAUGCAAGAACCAAUGGCAUUUAUAAACUGCAAUGCAGUUGUUAACAAGACAGUAAAGAACCAAUGGCAUUUUAAAACCUUGGCAGAAUUCGACUGGUAACAAGACACACAAGAACUAUUGGCUUUUUAAAACCAUUGCGCAUUGCAAUCGCUACCAAGACAUGCAAAAAACAAUGGCAUUUUUAAACCUUGGCAUAAUGCAAUCGGUAAUGAGACACACAAGAACCAAUGGUAUUUUAAAGCAUUGGCAUAACGCGAUUGGUAACAAGACACACGAGAACCAAUGGCAUUUGAAACCUUGGCGUAACACGAUUUGUACAAGACAUGCAAGAACCAAUGACAUUUUAAAACCCUGGCACAACGUGAUUGGCAACGAGAAGUGCAAGAACCAAUGGCAUUUAUAAACUUUGGUGCAAUUCAACUGUUAACGAGAUAGUAAAGAACCAAUGGCAUUUUUAAACCUUGGUGCAACAUGAUUGGUAACGAGAUGUGCAAGAACAAAUGGUAUUUUAAAACAUUGGCGCGACGCGAUUAGCAACAAGACACGUAAGAACCAAUGGCAUUUUAAAACCUUGGGAUAAUGCGAUUGGUAACAUGACACAUGAGAACUAUUGGCUUUUUAAAACCUUGACGCAUUGCGAAUGCUAAAGAGACAUGCAAAAUAACAAUGGAAUUAAACCUUGGCAUAACGUGAUUAGUAAGGAGACAUGCAAGAACCAAUGGCAUUUUAAAACCAUGCUACUUUAUGAUCUCUACUGAGACCAGCAAGAACCAAUGGCAUAUUUAAACCUUGGUGUAACACGAUCAGUAAGGAGACAUGCAAAAAAAUAAUGGCAUUUUUAAACUUAAUGUGCAAUGCAAUCGUUAACAAGACACGCAAAAACCAAUGGCAAUUUAGGCCAUGGCGCAACGCGAUUGUUAACGAGACUUUAAAAAUGAAGGCAUUUUUAAACUUUGCCGCAACGUGAUUGGCAAUAUAACAGACAAGACCAAUGGCAUUUGAAACCCUUGAUGCAUUGGGGUCACUACUGAGACACACAAGAACCACUGAUAAUUUUUAAACCUUGGCGCAACGAGAUCGGUAACAAGACACUCAAGAACCAAUGGCAUUUUUAAACUAUGGCGCAAUGCGUUCGGCAAUGAGACAUGCAAGAACCAACUUCAUUUUUAAACUUUGAUGCAAUGCAAUUGUUAAUGAGACACCCAAGAACCAAUGGCA